CAGAGUACUGGACGGUUAGACGAUGCUGAAAUUAGCAAACAUUUAAGCUAAUGAAUUUAGCCGUGAAAGUAAUAACGAGAGUGAUAGUUUUGAAGGAAUUUGUUCGUCGUUCCCCUCUCCAACCGGUGUGGGUUAGCUAACGAUUAACUUUCACUUUGGCUGCUCGAGACGUUAACAUUAUUUAGUCUAAAGUUAGCUUAAUAUUCGCUCACGUCAAGGCUGAAAAACAUAUGAAGCUAUACCUGGGAGGGAUAUUCCUGCCCGACAACUAGUGCUGAUGCCUCGUUUAGAAAAGUCAAGAGGGACGAAAAGAGCAAAAUUAGACUGGAGGUUUGUUCAGAGGUUCUGCAGCAUCCAGAGGGUCCUGUUCCCAUCAUGGACCAGUCAAAGUGUUCUGAUGUUCGGGACGCUGCUUGCUGUCACUCUGACAGAGCAGCUGAUCAUUUACCAAGUGGGUGUCCUCCCCAGCCACUUCUACAGCGUGCUGGCAGACAAAGAUUACUCCGGCUUCAGGGGUUUGGUCGGCAGAGCUUUGGUGCUCAUCUUGCUCAAUUCCACAUUGAAAAGUCUGGACCAGUACAUUAGCAAUCAGAUGUAUGUUAGCUGGAGGAAGACACUAACUGAGAGCCUCCAUACUGACUACUUCCAGGGCCGGGUCUAUUAUACACUCAAUGUACUCAGAGAGGACGUAGACAACCCAGACCAGCGAAUCAGUCAGGAUGCAGAGAGGUUGUGUAAGCAGAUGAGCACCAUGGCGAGUCGUCUGAUUGUGUCACCAUUCACGCUGGCUUACUACACCUACCACUGCUUUUAUAGCACCGGCUGGAUCGGCCUUUUGAGUAUCUUUGGCUACUUUGUGAUCGGGACCAUUGCCAAUAAAAUCCUCAUGGGGCCAAUUGUGUCGACUCUGUUUGAGCAAGAAAAACUGGAAGGUGACUUCAGAUUUAAGCACAUGCAGAUCCGUGUCAAUGCAGAGUCUGCAGCUUUUUACAGAGCUGGCAAAGUGGAGCACAUGAGGACCAACCGAAGACUGCAGGCUUUGCUGCAAACUCAAAAGAGUCUAAUAAACAAAGAGCUUUGGCUUUAUAUUGGGGUAAACACCUUUGACUACCUUGGAGGUUUCCUCAGCUACAUUAUCAUCGCCAUCCCCAUCUUCACCGGUGUCUACGAUGAUCUCACUCCUGCUGACCUCAGUGCGCUCAUCAGUAAGAACGCCUUUGUCUGCAUCUACUUGAUAAAUGGCUUCACGCAGCUAAUAGACCUGUCAACCGCUCUGUCAGAUGUGGCUGGAUACACCCACAGGAUUGGGGAGCUGAGGGAGGUGAUGGAUGACAUCCUGCGCAAGCAGUGUGACUAUGACCCAGCAUCAGGAGAAAGCUAUGACUUUGACAGUGACUUCAAUGUCCACGCAGGCCCUGUGGACACUGCCUUCAUCCUGGACCAUCUUUCAUACACAUCUCCUUACUCAGACCAGCUGCUGGUGGAGGAUCUGAGUCUGAAAAUCAGCCAGGGGACACAUCUACUGGUGGUGGGGAACACAGGCACCGGCAAGACAUCGCUACUGAGGGUCCUCAACCGACUCUGGGAGGCACACAGCGGUUUUGUCCAGAUGACCACGUGUUUCGGGCCCAGGGGAACCCUCUUCCUGCCACAGAAACCUUACCUGACCGAUGGCACGCUGCGUGAACAGGUGAUUUACCCACUGAAGGAUAUUUACCCUGAUUCAGGGUCAGUGGACGAUGACAGAAUUCUACAGUUCCUGGAACUAGCAGGAGUGUCCAGUCUCCUGAAGCGGACAGGUGGGCUGGAUGAAAUGGUGGACUGGAACUGGUAUGAUGUUCUGUCUCCAGGUGAAAUGCAGCGUCUCUGCUUUGCUCGACUCUUCUACCUGCAGCCCAAAUAUGCAGUGUUGGAUGAGGCCACCAGCGCUUUGACGGAGGAGGCUGAAGCACAGCUCUACCGAACCUGUAAACAGCUCGGCAUGACUUUGGUCAGUCUGGGACACCGUAGCAGCCUGGAGAAGUACCACGAUGUCCAGUUGAAGCUGUGUGGAGGGGGCCGGUGGGAGUUAACCAAGUUAAAAGGAGGCAGCGGGAGCCUCAGUUUUGGAGAAGAAGCCACAUGACUGCUGAGUGGUGUCUUUAAAAUCCUGGACGUGCAAGAAGCAUCAGCGUGGGAGACGACAACAGAAAACCCUCCUGAAUUCCUCAGUUACUAACACUCAAGUGCUCCUCAGCGAGGUACUUUAAAGCCCAGCUCCUCCAGCAGAGGAGGCCGACUGUACACAUCCGGUUUGUAUGUAGUUAUACAUGUGUUCAUGCUCGAAGGCAUUUUAAAAGACAAACAUUUUUCAGUGGCUUCCUCGGUUAAAUAUGAGGUUGAGAAAAUAGGUGAGAGUGCAACACUUUUCCAAACAAGAUGAUGGUUUGGAGGACGCUUGUGGGUGAGAGGGAGGAGCACAGCCAAAUGUCUUGGAGCCAAAGACUUUACCAAACGAAUGUUUUGGAUGGAAACGUAAUUGCCAGAAUAAAUUGAACUAUCAUGAGAAUGAAUCAGAAAAGAGAGGAAACACUUUAGACUCUCACUUGUGUGUUUUUACGUGAGAUUACAUUAUUUUAUUGUAUUAUGUUUACAGUCACUACAUUUGGAAUGUUAGUUCCAAUUUUGUCAUAAAAACACAAUGUUCUCAGCCCUUUCCUUUAAUUCUAAUCAAUAGCAGAGUACAUCUGCAGAUUAUACAUACGGUUUUACAGAGUUGUUUACCUGAUUUCAUAAAAAUUUCAAUGCAUGUAGAAUAAAAGCAAUAUUUGUAAGUCUAGUUAAAUGAAACAGAGUAACAUGAAAGCAUCACUUUAAUAUCUUUAGAUGGGAAUGUUUUCAGAUUUCUCAUUAUCAUGGUUGUUGUUGUUUACUACUGAGCUCACGGUGACCUUCGAUGAUCUCCUGAACCGCUGCAGGGUCAUCCAGCGUGCUGAGGUCCCCCAACCCGUUCAAGUCUCGCUCCACCACUUUCCGCAGCACCCGCCGCAUUAUCUUACCUGAACGUGUCUUUGGCAGGCGCUGGACGAGCUGUGAGAAAGACCACAAUAUGACCACGUGACAAAGCGCAAGUUAGUCUUUGAAUGCUUGUGUUGCAUUUAAAGUCAGUGAGACAGAAUUACCUGGACGCAGUCUGGACAGGCAUAUUUGGCGAUCUUAUUUGACACCAUGCCGUUUAGCUGCCGGGACAAGUCCGCCUCUUGAGCGUCCUCACCCUUUUUUAGUACGACAAAGGCAUACACACCUGACAACACAGAGAGAGGGCAUCCAUCCCAGUGAACUACAUGAUGUCGGAAACACAUUUUCUUCUCUGAAUUACACUGGAAAAGGAUUUCCCGCUCACCUUGACCUUUGAUGUCAUGCGAGUAUCCAAUGACAGCCGACUCGGCCACUGCAGAGCACUGAUUCUGUUACAGAAACCACAAUCAGAAUCAUCUGCACACUUUAUGGGGAAAGAUUUACCUGCUUUAAAAAUGGGAGGGGAAAAUCAAACGCCUCUUUGGCUAAACAUUUGGGGGAAAGGAUCUAAAACAGCACUUUUAAUGCAACUGAAAUUGCUUAAAUCCUGUACAAAGAUGUCAACCGUUUUACUUGUAGUUCAAUAUAAUUUCAUUCAUGAUUUUACUGCUACAUUUUUCAAAUUGCUUUCAUAUCACACUGGAGACUUUGUUUUUCUGCUUUUCAACCAGGCUAAAGGUAUGUUUUUAGGUGCACCAGUGAUCUCAGGCACACUUUGGUCCAGAAUCAAAAGUCUUCAUAAAUACUGGCUGGACUUCCUUGAAAUGUAAUGCUUUCAUGGUCCUCAGAAAAUAAUGUUGUUGAUAACAUGAUUUCUACGUAAAAUAAAAAAUAAACACUUGUUCAAACUAAUGGCCAUGAAUGGAUAUCUGUAAAACUACUGUAAAUUUGAUCAAUUUCCUGAAAGAGAUGAAUGCUUUCAUAGCAUGCUAGUAGAGCUGGCACAGACUCAAUCAAUAAUCAGUAUCUGGUGUUGAUACUGAUGUGAUUCACUCAUCAGAUAUGGGACUGACCCUGUGGAUCCACAUACAGAUCCAUAUUCCAGAGUCUGAGAUUUUUCUGAAUUAUAAAGAUGUAAUGAUGCAGUUUUAAGCCCAUAGCCAAUCCCCAUAUUUGUUUUGUCUCCCAAGAUUCUAAAUAAGAUGUACAGGCUGAGCUUGAACAUGAGACUGUCUGCAACUGAGUGAGCUCAGAACAGCUGGCAACUCACAUGUCCUUAUUUUGGAGAUAUUUUAGUCUCGAAAGUAUUGAUAUCAGCAGAUAUCCAAACUGAACUAUCGGAAUCGGAUCAGAACUGAACAAAAGGUGCAUCUCUACUUGCUAAAAGGAUAAAGAUAGAAAGAUUUUCUAGACAAGCACAAGCAUGUUAGCAUGAGUUCAUAUGAAUGUAGGCAUUAAUAUAAUCAGUUCAUCACUGAUUGACCUUACCAAAACAUCCUCUAUCUCUGCUGUCCCAAUCCUGUGACCGCUCACAUUGAUGACAUCAUCAAGGCGACCAGUGAUCUGGUAAUAACCCUCCUUAGAGCGAUAGGCGCCAUCACCAGUAAAGAAGUAACCUGUUGGUACAAAGAUGACGGCGUUUAGAGACCGUCACCGUACAAAAACAAGACAUCAGCAUAAAGCAGAGACAGUUUGGUCUGGAAUACAGCGUACCAGGAUGAGGCUGACAGUAGGUCUCGAUGAAUCUCUGGUGGUUGUUAUGAAUAGUUCGGGCCAUGCCAGGCCAAGGCUGAGAUAUACACAGAGCUCCAGAUGUGUGGUUGGAAGACAACACUUUUCCCUAAAGGAAAUGUAAAAAACAGUGAUAAAUGCAAAAUAAAAUAAUAACUGAGCACAAAAAUAAUGUCUAAAAAAUUAUGCAAUGUAGUAUUAUUCAGUGUGUGUUAUUUCCAGCAUUCUUUAUCAAGUGAUUGAUCUAAUAACUGGACAAGACUGAUAUAAAAUCUCAAAAAUAUUCCUUUCAAAAUGACAGAAAACAAUGAUAGCGCUACACGAAACCCUGUGAAUAAUGAGGCUGUCAAACUGCUGUGUGCGGGUGAGAAAGAGGCCGAGAGAUCAGCUCAGAGACACCGCUCCAACUGUCCGCACAAUCUGUGCAACUGCAAUAGCCACAAAGUUGCGUGACAGAUUUUUAAUAUGGCGUUUGGCACGCACAGAGACAG